AAAGCUGGUCUUGUUUUCAGAAGCUGUUAUGCCCACUUCUGCAACCAGAGCUUCUGCGUCUCAUCAAACUUGUAGGUCAACACCCCCUGCUGAGGAGUGCAGUUUAUCUUGGAACAAUCUUGUUCCUUUGUGGAAAUAUGAGUGUGCGAUGAUGGGAGUGUGUGUGGGUGGUACUUCUAAGUUUGUGUGCGGAUAAGUUCUUGAUUUCUCCUUUGGGUUACGCGGAAGAGCCCCGGAGACCCCGUCUGGUGAAAAAAUUGUCUUACAGUGAUCUGUGUGAGUCAGGUGAAGUCUCACGUACAGACCGCUCUGGUGUUGUGUGAUAAUAAUUGAAGUUUGAGUGGGGAGUGGCACAGUGUUUGGCGAGGCAUGAAAGCAGAGAUCCAGCGGUGAGGACAGGAGAGUGGCAGUGCAGAGUCUAAUAGUGUCUCGCCUACUGAUCCCUCAUGGCGUAUGCAGAAUAUUGGUGUCUCAAAGAAGGGAAGCCUAUUCGCCCACCUGAACCCCGUCCAAGCAGGUUCUCAGCCCUUUACACUCCAAGGUCCUUCUAUGGCGAGUCGCAGCCCAAGGAGGCCACGCCCAAACCGGCAGCUCAGGUCUCUACCGGGAGGCCUGCACAAUUUGAGAAGGCUUCAUCAGGAUCUGCCAUGGCUACAAAGCCUGAGUCGGGUACCACGGCACCCAGCCGAUUUGCAGGAGGUGGCGUGACAUCUGGAGGAAGUGCUUCCAUUGGGACAGCAGGAAAAGAGUCACUUCAAACCAAAGCAGAGACUAACACUACAGUGGCAGGUGCUACUGUUAUUGACAUGUCUUCCACUGAGGAUGCUAUUGUUGACAUGACAUCAGCUGGGGUGAGGGGCGGUCCUACAGAGAUGUCUCAGACUGCACCUGUGUACCAAGUCAAAAACUCAGCUACACUUCCCUCUCCCUAUGGAGCGACUUCAGCCACCAGCUCUGCAGCAUCUACUGCUGUGACUAAACCAAAAGAGUCACCCAAAGUCACAGCCAAGGUGCAGGUGGAGGUUCCUCCUAAAGCGGCAGCAGGAGCCAAACAGGCACCUGCAGUGGAUCCAUUCGAUGCCCUUGCCAGCAUACUUCCAUCAGCUGAUGCUGUUGUCCGCCCAGAGCCUGUUUACACAGGGCCAGAGGUCAAAGAGCAUGAAGCCAUCUCUGAGAAGGGUCAGAAGUUGGGAGAGAGAGAUGAUACGCUGCCUCCAGGGUACAGGUUCGAAGAUAUGCCUCCAGCCCCUGCAGAUUAUAAACCCAAGGAUAUCCCGAAACCUAUGAGCACAGACCAGGCCCUGGAUUCUCUUUCAUCAGGAUUCAUGUCUUCAUCUGUUCCAGCUGCACCCAAGAAGCAAGAGAGAAAGGAUCCCACUGAGUGUAUCAGCGCUGCCUCUGCUGGCCCGGCUAACUUUGCACCAGCUCCUGUGAAGAAACCUCAAACCCCUGCAGCUGCUCCCUCUACUGAUAAAAAAAUGCAGAAAGGCUCCCAUGAUUUCUCUCUGGACGCUGGACUUCCAUCGGCACAGGCUCCUACUGUGGCUGUGUGUAAGUUUCCUCCUCCUGAUAAAAAACCCAAGAUGGAAGGAAUCUCUCGUGAUCUCUCCUCUCCUCAGUCCACUCCUAUGUCUCUGGAUGCUCUCAGUGCUCUUGUAGACACACUGCCAGCUGACGCACCCAAACCUAAACUCCCAGAACUAAGACCAGAGGACAUCGUCUCGGAGGACAAACACAAGAAGGAGAAGGGUGUGUUUGUAGGAGAGAAGGACAGCUCAAUUCAUCCAGACUACCGGUUCAACAAAGAGGAACUUGAAAAACUGCCUGCACCAAAACCUGAGCCCAGUAUGAACACCUUUGAGGCUCUGGAUAUUCUAUCUGGAGACUUUGUGGACACCUCCACUGCUCCUGCAGUUAAAGCUCCUCCCACACAGAAAGCCUCUGCUGCUGCUGUUUCUGUGAGUCCUGCUGAUAAAAAAGCCAAGACGGAGGUAGUGGCUGAUGAUUUCUCUCUGGAUGCGGGACUUACUGCCUCUACAGCAAUGAAAGUUGAAUCCAGUGCAGUCCCUCCUAAAGCUGUGUGUCCUCCUGCUCCUACUGAUAAGAAACUAGCAGGCAAAACUGCUGCUCAAAAGGAUGCCACUGAUGGGAAACUAAAGACUGAUAAAACCGCUCCUAUGCCUAUGGAUGCUCUCAGUGCUCUUGUAGACACAUUACCAGCCGACGCACCCAAACCUAAACUCCCCGAGCUCAGACCUGAAGACAUUGUCUCAGAGGACAAACACAAGAAGGAGAAGGGUGUACUUGUAGGAGAGCGCGAUGACACAAUUCACCCAGACUACAGAUUCAAUAAAGAUGAACUUGAAAAACUGCCUGCUCCAAAAUCUGAGCCCACCAUGGGCACCGGUGAUGCUCUGGACAUUUUGUCUGGAGACUUUGUGACCUGCUCAGCAGCUCCUGCUGUCCAGAGGCCCAUGGAUGACAUAGCAGGCCCUGCUGCAUGCUAUGCUGCUGAACCAGCACCAAUGGCACCUCCUGUAGGGCCCUUCCAGAUCAAAGUGGAGGAUAUGUCAGCUCUGGAUGUUCUUUCUGGAGAUUUUGUUGCUCCAACCAAAGCUUCAGGAGUUCAGGCUCCUGUCCUUCAGUCUGCUAAGAAACCAGAGAGAACAGUUUGUCCGAUGAUACCUCCCAUCGGUGCUGUUCUCCCUGGACAACCUGGACAAGCAAAACCCAAGACUGAGGGGGCUGACCCUAUGUCUCUGGAUGCUCUAAGUGCUCUUGUAGACACUUUGCCAGCUGACGCACCCAAACCUAAACUUCCAGAAUUAAGACCAGAGGACAUUGUCUCUGAGGACAAACACAAGAAGGAGAAGGGUGUGUUUGUAGGAGAGAAGGACAGCUCAAUUCAUCCAGACUACCGGUUCAACAAAGAGGAACUUGAAAAACUGCCUGCACCAAAACUUGAGCCCACCAUGGGCACCGGUGAUGCUCUUGACAUUUUGUCUGGAGACUUUGUGACCUGCUCAGCAGCUCCUGCUAUUCAGGCUCCUCUUGUCACUCCCUCUGCUCCUCCUGCACAGCCCUCUGCAGACUUUGCUCUGGAUGCCUUGGCGGGAGACUUUGUUACUCCCUCUGCUGCCAAAGCUGUGAAGUCAGCUGCUCCUGUUCCCACAGAAGCCGACCCACAGCUGCUUGCAGGAGCAGACAAUGCUCUGGAUGCUCUGUCAAACACCUUGAAGGAUAUCAAACCUACCCCCCAGCCAGCUCCCGUUCCUGUCAAGGACAUGGUGAAGGAGAAAAAGGCGGUUGAGGAGAAGCUGAUUAAGAUGGGAGAGAGAGACGACACACUGCCGCCUGAGUAUAGACUCACUGAGGAAGAGCUGAAGAAAAUGGCAGAAGAAAAGGCAAAAGCAGAUGCAGCGCCCAAAGAGAAGCCCAUGGACGACCUAACAGCCCUUGACCUGCUGUCCAGUGACUUCUCUCUUACCCCUCAGCCCAAUGUACCGGUCGUAUGUUAUGCUGCAGAAACAAAGAAGAUGGAGCCUCCGGUGCUAGACUUAGAACCCUUGAAGCCUAUGCCUGGUCCUGUCCUUGAUUCCAUGGCCAGCACCCUGCUCCCAGACGACCCAGUGUUUAAAUCUAAGACGGACAAACCAAAGGGCAAGAGCAAGUCAAAGUCAAGGUCAAAAAAACAACGUGCAGAGGAUCCGUCUGCCUCAGACCAGCUACCUGCUCAGCCAAGCUCAGACGUUGUGGCUCCAUCUUCAAAGAAAGGAGGCAAGAGAUAGAGCCCUUGGAAAGGUUGUCGUCGCAAAUUGUCCCCAUUGCCAAAGGGAUGCGAUAUCAAGGGAGCUGCUCUCUGGAUAACGUUUCUAUUUUUCUAAAACGUCAAGAAUGUAUAUGAAAGAAAAACAUAGACACACCUGUAACAUUUGCAACCCACACACACCAAAACACAUACACACACACACAUAUAAAAACACAUCUGAAUGCGGCGCCUUUUGCUUGGUUUUACUUGUAUUUAAAGAUGAGAAGAUUUUGGUUUCUGAUGACAAGAGUUUUUAAAACAAGAUGGUGGAUGAGGGAUGAGCAGACCAAGAAAGAAAGGAAACUGCAGGGAAACUAAGAGGUUAAAGACAUGUUUUGUUGGUUGGUGUAUUUAGCGUGCUGAAGGAAGGAAGGCGAUGCUCAUCACCGUCUUGUACGACCACCUCAGCUGACAGUUUCCACUUUUCCAAUAAUAUGUCAGAUGAGAACAUACCACCUUUCUAAGCCUGGUGUUGAAACAUUGGUUGGAGAAGUUAUAACUGUCAGCUUAUGUAGGAGCAGCACAGCGUGGGUGUUUAGUAUCAGAAUUUGUGCAAUCUUGAUGUACACAGAAAAGCCAACUUUUCUUUCAUGAGGUGGUAAAAUGCCAUUAAGACACUAGUGUACAGUGUAGUUUGCUUUUAUUUUGGACAAAACAUAGUUUACGUUUUUGAAUAUGUGGAGGAUUUCCAGGAGGUGUUUUGCUUAAAUCUGUACUCAAGAGCUUCUUGCGAAUGCCUUGUACUUUCAGAGGGUCUUUUGUAUGUAUUUGGCCUCUUAAAAAACAAAAAGUAAAUUCUGGUGUCCUAAAGUGCACUUAAUGAUCUGAGGUGGCUGCAGACUUUGUAAUCUGCCCUUGUUUGUAUACUGUAAAAAAAAAGAUUUUUGCUCUACCUGAACACUGUAUACUUUGCAAAGGGCUUUCAAAUGUAAAGUCAAAAAUCAUAUUACUUUUCCACAUUUUUUUCAUGUCGAGGUUUUGUGUGGGUGUGAGUCAAAAGAUAUGAGAGAUAUUUUAGAUGUGGGAGUACUAAUCAAAUAAAAGAAAUCUAAAAGUCAAA